UAAAAAAAUGGAGGGAGUAUAGACUCGGAGUGAAUUUAAAAGUUUAUUUUUGCUCGUGUAACUGUGCUCGCUGCACCCCUCCACCCUCUCUCUCCUCCAUUGCAGUGUUCGUUGAAGUAGCUUGUGGGCUUUUUCUCCUCCAUUAAAGCUGUUUCCGAGCGUUUUGUUUGUACAACCCUGGACGGAUUUAUGAAAAAUGAGUAUUUUUCCGUGGGCCCAGGGCAGCCGCCCGUCUUGCCAUGGCUCAGGGAUGGGGCUCCACGUGCUCCAGUUCAGUAUCAACAACAGUGCCAUCAGUCUCGACAGUCUGGUCCAUUAGACACUUCUUACUCAAGUCAUCUUGUACGCGGUCCUUUUUUGCAUCCCUCUCAUGCUCAUAUGUCAUCUGUUUCAAUCCCUGCCACUGCCAGAGGCGUUACCUUGAACAGUCAUCCUCAUACAAAGGCUGGUUCAUUUUCCUACACUGCUCCUGAAAAUAGUGCUCCUAAAGAUCCCAUAGACAAAGGCACAGAUGAUACAUUUGUCACUCUUAGGGAUCGAAAGGUCAGGGUAUCAGAUGGGGCUUCAUUAUAUGCGCUUUGUCGAUCAUGGUUGAGAAAUGGAUAUGUAGAAGAUAACCAACCACAGUAUGGCGAUUUUUUGAAGUCUCUUCCGAAACCCUUGCCUCUUCCUCUUCCUUUGCCUCUGCCUCGGCCUUUGUAUGAAUCUUCUUCGCCUAAGAGAAAGGAUAGAGAUGAUGAAACAGAAGCUGACGAGGUUGAAAAAUCAGUUGAGAUGUCAAGUGCUGAAGAGCUUCUAACCAGGCAUGUUAAGCGAGCUAAGAGAGUUCGAGCUAGAUUGAGGGAGGAAAGAUCGCAACGAAUUGAUAGAUACAAAAGUAGGCUGGCUCUUCUUCUUCCUCCUAACGGAAAUUUGCAGGAAUGAUAUAAGCAAUGGAAAAUUGGUCCCUGAUUCAUAUCCACAUUCUACCAGGUCUGCUAUAUUAUGCAAUGUUUGUUGGCAGAUGAUGUCUACCCUUUCAAGUGUGUUUGAUGAAGCAAAGUUCCAUCCUUCAAGUUAUCACUUGCUUGUUAAUUUCCUAAAACGUUUUUCUGAAAAAUAUUUGCUUGUAAUUAUUUAAUAUUUUAUUUAUUCAUUUUAGAAAGGGGGGCUCCGAUAGCUGAAAAAACCGUGACUUUUGCAGCCAUCUAAAUUAGGAGAUUUUUCUCGAAGUUAAUUUUCUAGUUUAUCAUGUAAAACUAAACUACUCGUAGCAAAUAUUCCUAUUAUCCUAGUUCUAGUCCCAUAUUUUUAUUACAAAUUAAUAUCUAGACAUGUUUAUUGUUAGUUUUGGAUAUUGUUUUGUUUUGUUUUUAUUUUUUUUUAUUUUUUUUGGGAAUAGGCUUAAGCACACACUAAUCUAUUUUUUUGAGACGGUUUGGAAGGACUUUUGAAAUGAUUUUAUAGACAACGUUGCAUA